GAACAAUGAUCGUCUCCAGGAUGCGGGAGAAUCCUCGUGUUUCGCCGAUUUUAUGACCGAAUGACAAUCGAGGGAAAGUGUGUGGUUUACGCAUGCCUAGGACAACUUCGUACCACUAAGCAGGAGCGUUUGUGACAGCGAGCAUUGUCUCCCCGAUUCCACUUCCGAGAUUCAGAAAAAGCUGCUGGAUUCCGGUCAAGACCAACCGCUCACAGAAUGGACAACCCCGCCUUGAAUAUACAAGAACCCCCAGGAUCGCCAGGGAAUGAAGAUCUCAACAACAAUGGAAUUCUCCCACAGGACAAAUAUAGCAAUAUUAUCGAUGAUUCUGGAUUGACAGAGAUCCGAUUGGACACCUUACCCAGGAUCAAGGCUCCGCCUCCCUCUGACGACAGACCCAGGACAGACGUCGUCUACAAGGUGGACGAUGUCCCACCUUGGUAUUUGUGCCUGGCGCUCGGCUUUCAGCAUUACUUGACCAUGAUGGGUGGAGUCAUAUCUUAUCCCUUCAUUGUGGCUCCAAAGUUGUGCAUACCCGAAUCGCAUCCGGCGCGGGGUAUAUUAGUCUCGACGAUAUUCUUCGUAUCGGGGAUCGGAACUCUCCUCCAGGCAACUUUCGGCGUCCGAUUACCGAUCAUACAAGGGUCGACUUUCACGUUUCUCGUACCAAUCAUCGCUAUCAUGUCCCUUCCUCAAUGGGAGUGUCCGGACCCGGAGUCGAUCUCAAAUCUCACGAUGACCGAGGCCGAUGAGCUUUGGAUGCCGAGAAUGCGUGAGAUUCAGGGAGCCAUCAUAGCUGCCUCCGCCUUCGAAUUCAUCGCAGGACUCGCGGGCCUUGUUGGUCUAUUGCUGCGCUUCAUAACCCCACUGGCAAUAACUCCCACAAUCGCCCUCAUCGGUCUUUCCUUGUACCCAGUCGCCGCGGAGCACGCACAGACCAACUGGCCUAUCGCGAUAUUGACAUUAUUGCUUGUCGCCACUUUCUCGCAGUAUCUACGCGACACCGCUGUUCCCGUUCCGUUCACAAAGUCCAAGGACGGACGGACGAAACGAUUUGAAAUCUUCAAAGUUUUUCCGGUGGUUCUAGCGAUCGGCCUCAUGUGGUUUUUGUGUUGGCUGCUGACCGUUGCCGGUGCGGCCCAGCCUGGAAAUCCACUUCGGACGGACCACAAGAUUGAACUGCUUCGCGGUGCGUCCUGGUUUCGAAUUCCCUAUCCGUUUCAAUGGGGUGCGCCGACUUUCACGUUGGGCGCUAUCGUGGGUAUCCUUGCCGGAGUUGUCGUCUCUAUCGUGGAAUCUGUGGGCGACUACCAUGCGUGCGCGAGACUCUCGGCUGCGCCCUCUCCGCCCCUUCACGCGGUGAAUCGAGGCAUCGCCGCUGAAGGAAUCGGAUCGAUAAUCGCCGCGACUUUCGGUGCUGGAUGCGGCCUGACGUCUUUCAGCGAGAACAUCGGAGCUAUAGGUAUAACGAAGGUCGCAUCACGCAGAGUCAUUCAAACCGGGGCUCUCAUGAUGCUCGUACUCGGAAGCUUAGGAAAGGUCGGCGCACUUUUCGUGACGAUCCCCGAGCCAAUCAUCGGGGGCGUUUUCAUCGUUAUGUUUUCAAUGGUCACGGCUGUCGGUGUUUCAAAUCUCCAGCACGUCGAUUUAAACUCAUCCAGGAACCUGUUCGUCCUUGGGUCGUCUCUAUUCCUGGGUCUAUGCAUUCCAGGAUGGGUCUCGUCACACCCGGACGCACUAGUUAUGGAGUUCAGUCCGCUACUCUCUCAGGUACUCCGUGUACUACUGAGUACAUCAAUGUUUGUCGGUGGUUUUCUCGGCAUUAUGCUCGACAACACUGUACCUGGAACUGCCGAAGAGAGAGGUUUGGUUGCUCGGAGAGAUCUCGAAGAGCUCGGACAUGGGCAGUACAGAUCGACGAGUACGUACGAUCCACCAUUCCUCGAGAGAAUGCCAGAAUGGACCCGGAGCCUCCCAUUCAUGCCGGAUGUUCAGCGUCACAAGAGUCCACUCGACACCAAACUUUGAGCCCCGAUGCGGUCAUCGGGGGAAGAGCCGCUUAUUGUCUGACUAUCUUCCUCAGACAGAGUAUUAUUUGCUCGUUUCCCUCAGUAUUAUUAUCAACCAAAGCA